AUGGUGGACACCGAGAGCCCGAUCUGUGCCCUCUUCCCUCUGGAGGCGGAGGACCUGGAGAGCCCGCUGUCGGAGGAGUUCCUGCAGGAGAUGGGGGGCCCCCCGGAGCUGCCGCUGGCCCUGGGCGAGGACAGCGCCGGCAGCUUCAGCUUCGCCGACUACCAGUGCCUGGGGAGCGGCCCCGGGUCCGAGGGCUCCGUCGUCACCGACACGCUGUCCCCGGCGUCCAGCCCCUCCUCCGUCUCCUACCCCGCGGUCCUCGGCAGCGCCGACGAGGCCUCCAGCACAGCCCUCAACAUCGAGUGCAGAAUCUGCGGGGACAAGGCCUCUGGCUACCACUACGGGGUCCACGCGUGCGAAGGCUGCAAGGGCUUCUUCCGGCGGACCAUCCGCCUGAAGCUGGCCUACGACAAGUGCGAGCGGAGCUGCAAGAUCCAGAAGAAGAACCGCAACAAGUGCCAGUACUGCCGCUUCCACAAGUGCCUGGCGGUCGGGAUGUCCCAUAACGCAAUCCGCUUCGGGCGCAUGCCACGAUCCGAGAAGGCGAAGCUGAAGGCAGAGAUCCUCACGUGUGAUCACGAGGAGGACGACUCGGAGGCGGCGGACCUCCGGUCGCUGGCCAAGCAGAUCUACGAGGCCUACCUGCGCAGCUUCACCAUGAACAAGGCCAAGGCCAGGGUCAUCCUCGCCGGCAAGGCCAGCAACAACCCGCCCUUCGUCAUCCACGACAUGGAGACGCUGUGCAUGGCGGAGCGCACGCUGGUGGCCAAGCUGGUGGCCAACGGCAUCCAGAACAAGGAGGCGGAGGUGCGCAUCUUCCACUGCUGCCAGUGCACGUCCGUGGAGACCGUCACGGAGCUCACCGAGUUCGCCAAGGCCAUCCCCGGCUUCGCCGGCCUCGACCUCAACGACCAGGUCACGCUGCUCAAGUACGGCGUGUACGAGGCCAUCUUCGCCAUGCUGGCCUCCGUCAUGAACAAGGACGGCAUGCUGGUCGCCUGCGGCAACGGCUUCAUCACGCGCGAGUUCCUCAAGGGCCUGCGCAAGCCCUUCUGCGACAUCAUGGAGCCCAAGUUCGACUUCGCCAUGAAGUUCAACGCCCUGGAGCUGGACGACAGCGACAUCGCCCUCUUCGUGGCCGCCAUCAUCUGCUGCGGAGAUCGCCCGGGCCUCCUGCACGUGGGCCAGAUCGAGCAGAUGCAGGAGGGCAUCGUGCACGUGCUCAGGCUGCACCUGCAGGGCAACCACCCGGACGCCGCCUUCCUGUUCCCCAAGCUCCUGCAGAAGAUGGCGGACCUGCGGCAGCUGGUCACGGAGCACGCGCAGCUGGUGCAGGUCAUCAAGAGGACCGAGGCGGACGCCGCGCUGCACCCGCUGCUGCAGGAGAUCUACCGCGACAUGUACUGA